AUGUCAAAUCAGCAACGAGAAGCGUGGCAACGGUUCGUUCGUCAGGUCCAGCAGGCCGCUCAGCAGGGUGGCUCCGCUGGCGGUGGACGUAAAGGUGGAAGCCCAUUUGCUGCUUUUGCCGGCCUAGGUGGCCUUCUGCUUCUGGGUGGCGGUGCUGUGCUCCUUAACUCCGCGCUCUUCAACGUGGAGGGUGGACACAGAGCUAUCAUCUAUUCGCGUCUCGGUGGAAUCCAGCCCCAGCUGUACAACGAAGGUACUCACUUUGCUAUUCCUUGGCUCCAGCGGCCCAUUGAUUUCGAAGUCCGCGCCAAGCCCCACAAUGUGGCGUCUCUGACUGGCACCAAAGACUUGCAAAUGGUCAACAUCACCUGCCGUGUUCUUGGUCGACCUCGCAUUGAAUCGCUCGCCACCAUUUACCGCACUCUUGGCCAGGACUACGACCAAGUUGUUCUGCCCUCGCUGGUCAACGAGGUGCUCAAGGCGGUUGUUGCCCAAUUCAACGCCUCGCAACUGAUCACCCAGCGCGAGAAGGUCUCGAGAUUGGUCCGUGAAAGUCUCGUGAAGCGUGCGGCCAAGUUCAAUAUGCUGCUUGACGAUGUUUCGCUCACCCAGAUGUCGUUCAGUCCCGAGUUCACUGCUGCCGUCGAGGCCAAGCAGAUCGCCCAGCAGGACGCUCUUCGUGCCGCAUUCGUUGUUGACCGGGCUCGCCAGGAGAAGCAAAGCACUAUUGUGCGUGCUCAGGGUGAGGCCCGCUCUGCGGAGCUCAUUGGUGAGGCAGUCAAAAAGAGCCGGGGCUACAUUGAUCUCAAGCGCAUCGACACCGCUCGUGAGAUCUCGCAGAUCGUCUCCCAGUCCGGUAAUCGGGUCAUGCUCGAUUCCAAAGACCUUCUGCUUAGCGUUGCCGAGGAUGUUAAAUAA